AUGACUCCACCAUCUGUUUCUCCAGCACCUUCCGCACUCUCCUCUACUGCAACAUCUCAGAUUUCUAGUGACCAUGGAGAGCGACAGGUAACACAGGCUUUGGCGGGCAUGAAAUUGUCCACUGUGAAUGGGGACAGCUUUGCCGCACCUCAUCCAGUUACGAACAAGCCCGCUAAAACAACCAUGGCAAACCGCAUAUCUCGCAUGUUCUCAAAUACCGGGAGAUCAACCCCCAAGGAGUCAGAAUCACAACGCGAAUUUUCAGAUAGCAGCUCGGACAGCAUGAGAUCGCCCUCCAAUGGCAGCAUCAAACCCCUGAAACCUACCUCCAAGCCUCCCUCCAGAGCUCCGUCGCGACAGACAUCGACAAAGGAUUCGACUGAGAAGAAGGCAAAGCCGACUGGCGCCAAGGACCAGAAAGAAGGAUCGAUUGUACACAAGCGCUUCGAAAUUUCCCCGGAUAACACUCACUACCAUCAUCUAAAAAGCACCAGACGACAAGAGAAGCUUACCGACCUCCUUCGCGACAUGCUCGGUGGCGGCAGGAAAAAGGACGACCACGCAGACGAUCAGCAGUUGUCCCUGAUGUCGACCUGGAUUGACCAAUUCAAAAACGAACGCGACAAGUUGGCUGCCGACAAGAAAGGCGGGCCCAACGCGACCGCGUCUCUAGUUGAUAAAUACGGGAAAUGUCAGGAGAUCGUCGGACGUGGCGCGUUUGGCAUCGUGAGGAUAUCUCACAAAGUUGAUCCCAAGGACUCUCGGAUGGAGCAGCUCUACGCAGUGAAGGAGUUCCGCCGCCGUCCUCAAGAAACCAGCAAAAAAUACCAGAAGCGUUUGACUUCUGAGUUUUGCAUCUCAUCCUCUCUUCGUCACCCUAAUAUCAUUCACACUCUUGAUCUUCUCCAGGACGCCAAAGGCGAUUACUGUGAGGUUAUGGAAUAUUGUGCUGGCGGUGAUCUCUACACCCUUGUGCUGGCUGCAGGAAAAUUGGAGGUUGCCGAAGCCGAUUGUCUCUUUAAGCAACUUAUGCGUGGCGUGGAAUAUAUGCACGAAAUGGGUGUCGCUCAUCGUGAUCUUAAGCCCGAAAAUCUGUUAUUGACAACGCACGGUGCUCUUAAAAUUACAGAUUUCGGAAACGGCGAGUGCUUCCGCAUGGCUUGGGAGAAAGAAGCCCAUAUGACUGUAGGACUUUGUGGGUCUGCCCCCUAUAUCGCGCCCGAGGAGUAUACCGAAAAGGAGUUUGAUCCUAGGGCCGUGGAUAUCUGGGCAACCGGCGUUAUCUACAUGGCCAUGAGGACGGGGCGCCAUCUCUGGAAAGUCGCACGCAAGGAUGAGGAUGACUUCUACCGACGGUACUUGGAGGGCCGUAAGCAUGAGGACGGUUACGCCCCUAUUGAGACUCUCCAUCGGGCUCGUUGCCGUAACGUCAUCUAUUCCAUCCUCGACCCAAAUCCUUCUCGUCGCAUCAACGCGUCCCAGAUCUUGAAAUCCGAAUGGGUUCGCGAGAUCCGACUGUGCCAGGCUGGCGAGGAAGGCUACUAA